AUGGAGAGGAGCAGCAAGCUGCGCCUGCACAAGGCCACAAGCAAGAUUCGAGAUCUCGGGCGAGUAUCGGCUUGGCAAUCGGCCAUCCGGGUCUUUGAGGAGCUGCCGACGUCUUCUCUGCAGCCCAACAAGUUCUCCUUCGGCGCGACGCUCAGCGCCUGUGAGAAGAGCGCCCAAUGGCCCACCGCCCUGGACCUUCUCCAGGAGAUGGCGCGGCUUGCGGUGGAAUUGGAUGUGAUCAACUGCAGCGCCGCAUUGAGCGCUUGUGAGAAGGCCAAGGAAUGGCGAUGGGCGCUGCAGCUCAUGUCGGCCUUGCUGGAUGCUGAGCUGCGACUGGACGUGAUCUGCCUGGGCGCCGCCGUCAGCGCCUGCGCCACCGGCUCCGCCUGGGAGACCGCGUUGCACCUGGCGGAUGCCCAGGCCUUCCGGCUCCAGCCCAACGUCGUCACCUGCAGCGCCGCCAUCCGCGCCUGCGAGCGAAAGGCGCUCUGGCAGCAGGCGUUGCUGCUACUGGCGCGAAUGCACACCUGCGAUAUUCAGCCCAAUGUGAUCACCUUGAACUCGGCCAUCAGCGCCUGCGAGAAAGCGGGCAGCUGGGAGUGGGCUCUGGCGCUGCUGCGCUCCAUGAGUUCCCUUGACCUGGCGCCGGACGUCAUCAGCUACAGCGCGGCCAGCAGCGCCUGUGAGAAGUGCGCUCAGUGGCAGUGGUCGCUGCACCUUCUGCGGGACAUGUAUGACGUGCAGAUGCAGCCGGACAGAUACACCUACGCCGCGGCAGUUUCAGCGUGCCAAAAGGCUGCCACCUGGCGCUGGGCUCUGCAGCUGCCGCGGGAGGACCAGGUGGCCCAUGGCGCUGCCAUCAGCGCCUGCGAGCGCGGCCAGCGGAGGUACCUUCGGGGCCCUUGGGCUCAUGCGCUGGAGCUUCUGGAGGGCGGCCCGGAAACUCCAGACGUGGUCAGUUACCACGCCGCCAUCAGUGCAUGCGAGAAGGCUCAGCGCUGGGAAGGUGCACUGGGCCUUCUGCGGCGGACACAGCAAUUAAAUCUUGAUAGCUUUUUGGGCUUCAGCGCGGUUCUGGCUGCUUGCGCUUCGGCGGGGCAGCGCGACCGAAGCUGCGGCCUGCUGCGGCUGAUGCGCAGCACGCAGAUGCGGCCCACGGUGAGCAGCUGCCAGAUCCUCUCGCAGCUCCUGGAGCCAGAAGAGCUUCUGGACCUGCUGACGGAAGUGCGGUUCACGGUGCUGGACUUGCGCACGGCCGCAAGGGUUGAGCAAAAGGAGAACCAGGCAGCCAAGCUCCGGCAAGACACGGAGGCGCGGCUCAAAGCGCGGCCGGGCGCUCCGAAGGCUGAGUUGAUGGACAACGGCUUCGCAGAGAAGGCCGAGUGUGUCACGCCGGUUUGGGAUACCUUUGAAGAGGAAGCCAACUUGCUGGGGCCUUCGGCGGCUGGGAAGACCACGUUGCUGCCGCAGCUGGAGGAGCCGGGUGCAGUUGGCACGAGAAAUCUGCGAAGAUCCCGGAAGGAGUGGCGAUGGGUGAAACGGCGGCAGCUGUCGACCUUUGCGCGGCGUUUAGGGGCCAACUUCUACACAGUGCCUCUAGGAGCCCUGGUGAUCGACGGCAGCUUCAUCCGCCAAGAGAGCCAAAGCUGGCAGAAGGCCCCGGGAUGGGAGUUAAAGCGGAUCGUGCAGGUGGUGUGCCCUGCUGAGGCCAUUGCCCUUGCAAGAUCGUUGAAGCUCGCAGGGUUCUCGGACUAUUUCGAGGCCUACUUUAAGCAGCCCAUGGACAAGGUGAAGAGCCGAAUCGUCGAGGAGGCCAUCAGGAAGCGCACCAAUCUCAUCAUCCCUGACUCCGCGUCCAAGUUCUCGGCCACGCAGGCCAUGAUCCAGAAGCUGUUGGCUUCGGGCACCUGA